AGUAUUAAAGUACUCUCUUCCAAACGACAAUGUGGUCGCGACGGUUACGUACCAAACGAAAUCGCGAGAAACGAAAAUGUAUUUGUCUCUUCAAACGGAAGCGAGGUAGACUGGUUGCAAGUACGUAUACUUUGCAAUACUUUGUUAAACUUUAGUGACAUUCUAUAUUGUUAUAUAUCUAAUCUUUUGUUUAAGAAAAAGAGCAUUUCGAAGAAAUAGAAGCGCAACGUCAGUCACGUUUAUUACUUUAAUUCUGAUCUUCAUCUUUUACGAACUCAGUGUUGUGGGCCGGCAUUAUCGCAAAAUCGUGAAUCAAAAUUUCGCCACUUUUGGCGCUGGCGUCGCCCGAGGGGGAUGCUGGAGUUUACCGAUCUUGAUCUCACUGACUCCAUGAUACAGCGUGUAACCGGAACUUACGAAAAUGUCAAAACUGUGUGAAUACAAGAAUAAGAUGAGGAGGUGGAUUAUGUAUCUCUGUAACUUGUAAAAAUUACAAAAGUAAGCGAAUUCACAGGUUGAAGUUAUAAAUAUUCACUCACUUUUGUCAUUUUCGUAACUUCCAGAAAUUGACUCCCAGAUAACAAUUAACGGAAGGACUCAUUGUCAGAAGAGAAACGGGGGAAUGAAACGAGAUGCAACAGGUGCGGCUGAAAUUCGGAGUUAAAACAAAAGUCACGCAUCGUCCAACGAUUCGAUCCUUUGUUCACCCGAUUGUCGCUCCCCUUACGCCGCGAUAGUAUGAAUAUCGCCCUGCCUCCGUCAAUCGGGCUCGAGAGCCUGAUUCUCGACGAUUGCAAGCAGAGGCUGCUUUCCUUUUAAACAACACAGUCGACAUUUUUGACACAAGUCGACACGUGUGUCACUUUCCACAAUUGGAAUCUAAUUCAAACUCAGUCGACAUGGCACUUAUCGACUCCGCUCGGGAGGAGUGUGUUUGUCGACCAAAGAACACUCCGAGUAUCUCGAUAGAAUUUUUUCUCGGCACAAACUUUCCUCAAAAUCCCGUCCUUCAAAUCUUCUUCGGCAAACUGCGCUCGAGUGCGUUGACUUGCGUCGACGUGCGUCCUCCGAAAGGAAAGCGGCCUAAAUAGUCAGUAGUCGCCGUGUUUUACGUCAAGUCCUCUCCCUCCCUCUGCCGCCUGGGCGCCCGACAGUGCCCGACACCGGGGGCGACGGCGGCGACGCGGUCCGGCACUGCCGGCCAGUACAAGAUGGCCGACGUGCCUUUGACCGUGUCGCGCUGACGGUGGCCGCCUGCCGACGCGAGACUGCGUUACCCCGCGCUGCCCGAACGAGCACCCGCCGCGCCCGGAGACAGAGACGCGCCCCGGGGACGCCGACGUGCGCUACGCUAAAUGGCUGUCGCGGGAUAAGCGGGUACACGGCGCACUUUGUCCGCGCGGUGUUCGAGAGGAGCGAGUACGCCCGCCGUGGGACGCGCGAGAAACGAUGGAGAAGCGGCAGCAGGAGGUGCUCGCCCCGUUUUCCUCCGACGAGUGUCCGAACAGCGGCGAGGAUAGCGAGGAAGAUGUAAUAACCGAUUACCUUGGCUCAUCGCACCCCGACUGCGAUCGCGUGCUGCCUAUCAUUAAUGGGGAUCUACGCGGCCUGAGUUUACACGGCGGCAUAAUCACGGAGACCGGCUACAACACCAAAGACAAUACCGACAAAGCGCCGAUCAUCAUGUCCGAAAGCGGCGGCGACGAGCAGCAGCAGCAGCAGCAGCAGCAGCAGCAGCAGCAGCAGCAGCAGCAGCAGCACCAUCACCACCACCUGCAGCAGCAGCAGCAGCAACAACAGCAGCAACAACACCACCCAUUACUCGCACUUGGCACUAAUAUACAAGCCCAGCCUAAUCCUCUGGUGCCCAUCAUCAGCGUCACGCCGCAUUCUCCCGGCGUGGCCAAAAAUUAUCCGGUCCUAGAGGAGAAUUUGCAGCAACUGCACGAGAUACACGACUGCAUCCAGCGUAUGCGAGACCUGACACUGGGCACUCUGGGAUUCCACAUUCGCGCCUCCAACGACGCUCCGCAAAGAUUGACCUCCUCCUGCCCGUCCCUGUGCCCGCUGGCCUCGGCCGAACUCGCGUCUCGUUCCGGCAGUCAUCAUCAUCAUCAUCACCAUCACCACCACCACGAAACCGGCUCCGACCCGGACCUUGUCCUCGGCAAUUGCUCGACAAACAGCUCCCCGACGCACUUUCCGUCAGCGGGUGGCCAUGCCCGCUCGCAACAGGCGCAAGGUAUAGAUCGGAGACGCAGCUGGACUGGCGAUCUGGAGGAUCUGGAGGAGAGCCGGCGCGGCCGCCGCCGAUACUCCGGACAGAAUCACCUGCAGGCCCAAAAUAUGGUUAAUAUUGCCCGUUACUUGUUGAAACCAGGGCACGGACCCGGUUCAGUCUCGCGACAACGCAGCAUUAGUUUAAGUAGCCUAGACAGCGAAAACGAGCUAGAAUUAGAUGGAAAAUCGUGCACCGGACCCGUGAGCGUAAGCAAUCGGGCAUGCAGGUCGCAAACGAGCACGCACUCGCUGAACGAAGCUGAUCUUUUACAGAACGAAUAUCAGAAGAUAGUCACAAAGAGGGGUAGUCAGAGAUUAGCAGAGAGUAGCAGUUUAAUGCCAGGGCUGACUGGUUCGCGUUUACCUCUUCAGAAAUCUAUAUCGACGCCCUCGAUCGUUACGCCGCAGGUUCACGCGCAUUUGAACGAGACCGGAACCCGGACGACACCAUCACUCGCAGCCCGUCGUGAAAGAAACGAAAAGGGUAGUGGGAGUGAGACAGAAACCGAAGAUCUUCAUACACCACACAGCCACGAAUUCCACGAAGACCGGGAGGGCACUCCGAGUGUCCAGAUAUCCCUUGACGAGCUCUUGACCGAUAGCACUGCGUACGAUGACCAUCAUUCCGAAAAGACUAGAAGAAAGCGCGGCUCUAUUUUCUUCCGCAAAAAGAAGGAUAAAAGCGGGAAGAAGACUAGUCAACAGCAUCUGUGGGUAACGAUGACGGUGGGAACUCAGGGAAGCUUAUUAUGUGAUGUUUGUAUGAAACAUUCGACGAAUAAACCGCUCCUUCACUGCGACAAUUGCGGAGCGUCGGUUCAUCAGAGUCAAGGAUGCAAGGAUCAAUUAGUGCUGGAGUGCAUCAAGUCUAAGCAUCAGUCUGGCAAAUCCGCGGCGAAGUCCUCGUCCAACGUCUCCACGAUCUCGAGUAACAGCAGCGUCAACAAACGGGGCUCCACGACGUCGUUGCCUCUACCGGCGUCCUCCGGGAGCGGAAGGGAAAUUAACAGCCACAAGAAAACCGUGUCAAGCUACAGCCCUUGGCGGCGAGUCGCCACUAAGCUUGGAGUCAAUCAAACGAUAAACGAAGAAAAAGAUGCCGAGGGCGGGCAACAUCGCGAUCUUCCCAGCGGAUGGGAAGAAUUUGACUUUGGGGACGACGCUCAUCAGUUCACGGUGGCGGAUCUCGAGGAGAUCGAUCCAGACCUUACGUUGGGAAAGGAGGAACCCGACUCUUGGAGCUCCGCGAUCGGACGUAACGUCGCGCUGCGUCUCGUCGAUCACUGCGAGCGUGAGGUGAAGAGGCAGGAGCAUAUAUAUGAAUUCGUGCUGACGGAGAAGCACCACUGCCUGGUGCUGCUCGCCAUGGAGAAGAUCUUCGCGGAGGGGCUGCGACGGCACUUUCGUCUGGGUCAGCCGGACCUCGAGCGCAUGUUUCCCCGACUGCGGGACUUGAUAGACAUCCACCUGCGGUUCCUGCAGAAGCUGCGGAAACGGCAAAACGCCAAUCCCGUGGUCUCCACGAUCGCCGACAUUCUGGUCGAGCAGUUCUCGGGCGAUAACGCGCAGCGCAUGAAAAGCGCGUACGGGGAAUUCUGUAGUCGUCAUCGGGACGCCGUCGAAGCGUACAAGUAUUACUUGCGUAACGAUCCUCGCUUUGCACGUUUCGUUCGUCACUGUCAGACGAAUCCCUUGUUGAAGAAGAAAGGUAUACCCGAAUGUAUACUCUUUGUUACACAACGUUUGACCAAGUAUCCGUUGCUGAUCGAGCCGCUCAUCAAAACCGGCAUCGCCCCAGAUGAAGGUGAAGACUUGCGUAAAGCAUUGGUGCUUGUUAAAAUGAUUUUAGCUGACGUAGAUGACUGCGUAGCCGACAAAGAGCGAGAAGAUAGAAAAUUAGAAAUAUACAAUAAGAUCGACGCCAAGUCGUUCGCGACGUAUCGUGGUGCCAAAUUCAAGAAGUCGGAUAUAAUUAACAGAAUCCUGAAGUUCGAGGGCACUGCAUACUUAAUGCAAGGUCGUGGCAAAAUGACUGCCAUUGUAGUGGUCGUUCUCUCAGAUAUAUUAUUUUUCCUGGCUGAGAGAGAUCAGAAAUACGCGUUCUUCGUGCCUGACAAUAAAGCCGGUAUAGUGUCGCUGCAGAAGCUGCUGGUUCGCGAAAAGGCCCGUCAAGAAUCCAGCAUUUACCUGAUAAGCAGCAACCCAGCCGAGCCGGAAAUGUUCGAGUUGAAAAUUCAGAAGCCAAAGGACAAACAGAUGUGGAUACAGGCUAUUCGAUCGGCGGUCGAGACCUGCCCACAGGAUCCCGAAAACGAGACCGACGCGCUGACCGAAAACAGCAAUGAGUUGCGAGACACUCGUUCCUCCUCGAUUUCGCUGGUCUCCAUGGAAGAGAAACAGCGCAUUGCCAAGGUUAAGGAGUCGCAUAUACUUCGAAUCGUCGGCGAAUUGCGGAAGAAAGACGCAGAGCAGGCGCUGCUGUUUGAGGAGAAGAUCAACUUGCAAAUGCGACUUUUGCAAGCGGCGAACGUCUGGAGCGGGAACGAGAGCGAUAACGAGAGAAUUGAGAAGCACGAGAAGGAAGGUGCCGAUUACACCCGAUUAGUGCACAACGAAGGGACUGACACCACUCAACUGUGGCAAGAGGUGGUCGUGGCUGUACAAGAAGCGACACGUCUCGCUAGCUCGCUGUCGUUCAGCGCGGGCGGCGGUACUCUAUCGCGAAGCUUAAGCUCCGCCGGCGAGCGCCACAGCGAAGCUUACGUUCCGCCAGCUCUCUGCGUUCCUCGAAGGGCCGAAACGUUCGCCGGUUUCGAUCACAAUAAAGAGAGAUACCCGCUGCGUGAUUCGAACACGCUGCACACCGUGAUCCCCGUUCCGAAACCCGGCGAUCUGCCGAAAGAAAACCCCGACGAGAAGGACGGCCAGGAAUUGGAUACAAACAAGGAUCAGCAGUGGGCGGCGAUACGUUUGUCUCAUCACGUUUAUACGUUGCUCUGUAUAAUAAGUAAUCAGAUGACAACGAUCGACAGCCUGCAGGCGCAGUUGGCCGCGUGUAAGGACGGUAGUAUGGGAAAAUCGUCCAAUAGCCGGCCGAAUCCGAAUCGCCAGCUGGAGGAGCUGCGGAACUUGCAGGACCAGCUCUGCCGGGAGAAAGCGGCGUUUCGCGCCGCGUCUCAGCAGGAGAAGACCCAGCUGGAGGAGGAGCGAGCCGAAUUGGUGCGCCAGCGAGAGCAGCUGGCCGCGGAGCAGCGGGAUGUGACGCAGCAACGGGAUCAGUUGUAUCGACGGCUCGAGGCAUUGGAGCGACAGGGUGUGACGCUGGUCGGAAGCUCCACGACCGGCUCAACGAUGAUUCACCUGUCUCACUUGACGCAGAACGCUGACACGAUGCAACAAAGCGCGCGCAGCAAGGGGCAGCCCGACGCGAAGCGCGUCCCAUUGAAUCUGAUCAGCGCGACAAAUCAGCAGAAGGUGCAGAGUAACCUGCCGGUCAAGCAACAGCUGCCGCUGAAGCUCGCCAGCGGAAGUAACAAUAACACAAGAAGCGGUAGCACCGCGAGCAACAACAGUCCAGAUCGGCACUCCAGGGCGGGCAGCAGUCCAGCGAUCGUCACCGGGUCCGCGUACUCGUCGCCGGAGCUCGGGAACAGUCACCAUCAUGGAAUCUGUAGCGGGAAUCAUACGCAUUCGUCGAAUCGCUCACUUCGCAUCACUCGCUCGCCGCCCGACACCUCGUACGCGCAUCAGCAAGCGCAGCAGCGAAACACCGAGCCGCAAUCACAACCGCAACCGUCGCCGCAGCAACAUCAGCAGCAGCAGCAACAACAGCAGCAGCAGCAACAACCAUUGGAGGAGGAGGUCAUCUUCUUCUGACGAUUCUUUCGAUUCGGUCGCAAGCAUUCGUCGCGUUCGUCGCGCGCCAGUGCCGCUGCCACCACCGGUACGACUACGCCGACUUCGACGCCGGCACAGUCGCCGCGUAAUCAAUCGAGGAGCAGCCAGCAAUCCCGCAGCCGCGUUAAAUCCUUUUGAUUUUCGACAUAAGUCUCCCGCGAUGACGCAAUCCGCAGGCUACGACUCUUUAGUAAUGUCUCGUCGAUAUACCAUUUUUCUCUUUCUAUCGCUCAACCUUUCCUCACUACGGGUUUGAUCGUCUCGCGAUAGGAUGCACCCACGACUAUUUAUUUUAACGACGAGGUCAUAAUGUACGAUAUUCCGCGUUGCCCACACGAUCGUCAAUAAGCGCGAGUAGUUAGGUAUAGCUGGGGGAAGAAAGAGAUGUAAUACUUUAUUACGUUCCAACUGCUACAACUUACGGCAAUAAUCAUUUUUAUGCCAAAUCUAUUUACGCGAAACUACUACCUGGACGAGAGCGAUACACUAAGAGUAAAACAUAAUUUUUAUUAAAAGUAAUCGGGUGAAGAGAGAAAAGAAGCCGGCUUAGCAGAUCAGCCAAUCUUGUUGAAUUCUUGCUCGUUGUGUUAUCAAGCCGACUGACAGUUUUAGAAACACAAGAUUUUAGAUGAAUCUUUUAAACCUGUUGCUGCUUGCUGAAAUGCAAGAUAGAUAAAUACAUAUAUAUAUAUAUUACGGUUACAUAUAUACAGGAAUGUGUGUACAUAUAUAUACUUUUUCAUAAGCAUGGGCGUGUGUGCGCAACUGGGCACGAAUGAAAGGGCAAGUCGUGUAUGGUACACAUCUGCGUGUGUGUAUGCGACGCGACACUCCUCUCGCGCGAUCGCACGUCAAGUGAUGUCUCUGUGAAUGCACAAGUGAAUCUCUGUUGCGAAUGGUAGAGCGAAUCCGCAGUAGCUAUUCUUACGACUAUUGAAGUAUUUUAAUACGUGCUAAAGCGACAGAUAGGAACUUAUCGUUAACAAUUAUGAAUUAUUGUCAUUGUCAUCAAGUACGUGUGCCAAGCCGCUGAUCGAAGAGUCGACGACACUGCUCGGUCUCCAAAAGCCGUUCGCUUUGUACGCACGAUUUCUGUUUCCACGCGGGUGUGUCGCGCGCACGGCACACCACGCGGCUUCUUACCCCACGAACGAAUUGCAGCGGAGGGACUUCACAUUUGACACAUUUCGUUUCGGGAUUAUUCACUGCCAUUAUUGUCGUAUUCUUUCUUCUCGUAUUAUUGUCCACAGACACGCUUUAUUUAUUGCAUUGCGUGAGAUCGAUGGUGAAAGUUCGCGCGUGAACCCGCGCGUGAAACUGUACGCGGAAGCGAGAGGCCAUUACGUGCGCGGGGAGGAUUUUCUCUUAAAAUGUAUCCUGAAAGUCGUGUAAUCGUGGGACAACCACAGCAUUUCAAAGAAUCUUAUAACAGUUCUUUGAAAUUUUACCACACGGAAGAAAUGCUGUUGAAUUAAAAAAAGUAUUAUAUAGUUGCUUGAAUUAAACGUUGCUGUCAUGAACCGCCACAAAUAUUCACUCAAUUGUAUUUGCUAUGGAUUUUAAUUUGAAGCAUUAAGUUAAAUAUCCAGAUUAUUAAG